GACCAAAGGUCCUUAGAACAAGGAAAUGUUGGAUUCAUGAACCGCUGCUUACAGAGAAAAUAAAACAUCUGUCUUUUAAAUCAUUAUUCUUAAUCAACGAACAAUUUCAACAACAAUGAAGUAAAAACGAUGAACAUCAGUGACCUAUUUAUUCAUGCAGCUUUGUCUGCUCAGACAUCGGGCGUUUGGAAUACGCAUCAUGUAUCUUUACCUUAGAAGAAUGACCUAGCAGUAACCAUUUCUGGAACUGCAAUUCAUCGUCUCGCUCUUGUCUUCUUAACCUGUUUGUUUGGCCAAAGUUGUCAUGGAUCGGCUGGAUGUGAUAGGGGAAAAUGAAGCUUUGCAACAAUUUUUUGAAGGGCAGGAUAUGCACAGAGCUUUGGAGAACCCCAUGGUGGAUACAAGCAUGUUGGAAGAAUAUAUUAGCAAUGACUUUGCGUUUGGAGCUUUAUUACCUGACUCACCACCUGAUUCUGGAUCCGAGCCAUGUUCUCCACCACAAAUAGUUGGAUCUUGCCGAUACAUGGACCGGCCCCAAGACAUCUCAUGCACCCACACCCUUACAGUCGCACAGGGCAGUUGUAUGAAAGCAAAUAACCCCAGAAUUCCCUGGAAUGGCUCUGCUCCAUCAAGUUCCAUGAACUAUAACUAUACAUAUGCUCAACAGAGGCUCUCCCAGAAUUCCAGCAUAUCCAUGUCACCAAUAAAGAAAAGAAAAUAUUCACAUUUAGAAGAUAAAGAAAAAUGUCAGCCCUGGAACGUGGAUAUGACACAAAUACCUUCAGGAAACUGUGCUAUCGAUGUGAAUGGCUAUGAAAGUGAUGAACAGACUAUAUCUUCGACAGACAUAUACUAUCAAUCUUUAACUUGGAAGCCUUACCAAACAGCUCACUGGGGGAUAUUAUAUAAUGCUAAUUCUGAGAAACUCCCUGCUAUGGGAUUCCAGGUUAUCACAGAUAAAGGCUUUAACUUUUCAACAGUAGACGACGCCUUUGUAUGUCAGAAGAAGAACCACUUCCAGGUUACGGUGCACAUCCGAGUUCUUGGAACGCCAAAAUAUAUCCAGACACCACAUGGCCCGAAUCCUAUUGCAGAGUUUUAUCUCAAAGUCUUUGGAGUGAAAGUAGAAACACCAAACCAGACAAUAACAAUAGAACAGUCCCAGUCUGACCGCAGCAAGCGACCCUUCAAUCCAGUUGUGGUUAAUUUGCCACCAGAUCACAUAACUAAAAUUACACUGGGAAGAUUGCAUUUUAGUGAAACAACAGCUAAUAACAUGAGAAAAAAAGGAAAACCGAACCCAGACCAACGGUACUUCAUGCUAGCGGUUGGUCUGUAUGCUGUCAGUCGAGGGGAGACAUAUCUGGUUGUUUCUCAGGUCUCGGACAGAAUCAUUGUGAGGGCUUCCAACCCCGGGCAGUUUAUGAAUGAUAAUGACAUCUUGUGGCAGCGAGGGCAUGUCCCAGAGACAGUUGUCUCUCAUGGUCGAGUAGGAAUUAACACUGACACGCCGGAUGAAGCACUGGUCGUCUGUGGCAAUGUGAAAGUGAUGGGGACAGUCAUGCAUCCAUCUGACAGUCGAGCAAAGACAAAUAUCCAAGAGGUUGAUACAAUGGAACAGCUAAAAAGGAUAUCUCAGAUGAGGCUGGUUGAGUACGACUACAAGCCAGAAUUUGCAUCAGCAAUGGGGAUAGAUUCUGUUCAUGAGACAGGCAUUAUUGCUCAGGAGGUACAAAAUGUCCUUCCUCAAGCUGUUAAGGAAGCUGGUACUGUUACAUGUGAAAAUGGAGCAACAAUAGACAACUUUUUGAUGGUGGAUAAGGAUCAAAUCUUUAUGGAGAAUGUUGGUGCCGUGAAACAGCUCUGUAAACUUACUAAUAACCUCGAGACGAGGAUUGAGGAGCUUGAAGCAUGGAACCAGAAACUAGACAAACUGAAAAGAAUAAGCAGCUUAAAAGCAGCCCAGAGUGAGCGAUCUCUUUCAAGGACACAUAACAGAAUUAGUCCUGUCCCAGUACCAAGAAGACCAGUUCCAGUGAAAAUUAAACAGGUCCCAACAAAACAACAAGAAUGCUCUAAAAAGAUUUUCCAGGUUACAGUAUUUGCCCUGACCUCCGUCAUGGCUCUUUGUGCCUUGACAAUUUCUACUCUGUAUAUAUUAUAUGUGCAAGAGGAAGCCAUUGAAAGAGAACCGCCAUUACAUAAUAAUUAUACAAGUGUUGCAAGUUCAUUGAUGCCAUCUAUUUAUACAACUAUGAUGGCAGUGAGUGAGACUACCUAUACUGAAACACACCCUCCAGACAAAUUGUUAGAAAUAAAUUUUUGUGAUUUCCUGCCUUGUGAUGAAGUACAGUGUUGCACAAUUCCGCAAGUUAAACUAAGGAAUGAAAAUGAUGAUGAGACAAACAGAAAUAUCAAUAAUGUACUUGAAAGCAAGUGGCCUGGAUUCUCAAGUGACUGGAUUGAUACUUCGAUCAGUUCUAUACAGAUUGUGGAAAAUCAGCAAGUAAUAGACCGUCACUAUUGCAGUAAAAGCCUUCAAUGUGGGUCUGGAAAUUAUAGUUAUGUGAUCCCAGUGAACAAGUACACACCAACCAGUAUGCGGAUAACAUUGGAGAUCAACACAACCGAGCCGCUAAUUGUCUACCAGUGUAAGAUGACUCUUGGAAAUAUCUGUAGCCGAGGUAUCCACAGAAGAAAGAAAAGAGAAGAUCCUUCACAAACUCAGGGCUACCACCAUCUUUGGAUUAUGCCAGUUGCCCAGUUGUAUUACAGUGAAUAUCAUUUCCGCGUGGCUACACCAGAUCUUGCAAAUUGCUCAACAGACCCAAACUUCGCUGGAAUCCUCUUUACAGACUACUAUUUCUACUUUUAUCGAAACUGUGAAUAGGACGUCACUGAUUUUUACCCCUCUCUCGAUAUAUAUAUAUUUAUAUGUCGACUGCUAUACAGUUACUUAGAUUGUCCAGGGUUGUUUUAGCCUGUCAUAUCUGCAUUAAAAGAAUGGAGAAAAAAAUGAAGACAUGUUUUUAGAAAAAAACUCUCUAAUGUUACCGUUAUAUUAUUUUCCAUUGGACCUGAAGUGAGUAAAGUGAACUUGUAAUAAGCGGACUAAGUAAUGAGUGUCUGAUGUAUAAAUAGUACGAUUGACCUUUUUCAGGGCCAGGUGAGGUUCAUGACAGAGUGUCUCUAGUUAUAACAUACUGUAAUAUAUGUAUACCAAUGAAAAUGAGCCAAUACGACAUCUGAGCUCUAAUACAGUUUAGAUUUACGAGCAUUCAGAUUGCCUCACAGAUCAUAUUCAUAUUGCUAAACUGAGCAAAGAAGCUUACCAGUAAAAACUGUAUAAUUAUUAAGUGGAUAGCCUUUAGUGGGUAAAGAUUGGGAGGAUAGUGGGUACAGCCAAAUACCACCCCCCUCUGCAUGUUGAAAGAAGAAACUGAUCAGGACAAUUGGAGAAGCAAGGGUUCACCUGGUGACUUUGAGUCAAACCCAGAAAAGUAUCUGCAUAAAAGUUAAAUCAUAUUUUUUUUAAUAA